UUUCCUCCACCGUCAGUACACACUUGAUUCUUUCUUAAAACUCCUGAAUACUUUAUUUAAAGUUUUUUGCUUCAUGUUUGAACAAAAGAAAAGUCUAGUGUGGCAGGAAAUGUUUUGCGGUGGGUUUGAUCUCCACUCAUAUCAGAUAUUUGCUGAUGACCAUAUUUAGUCAAUAGGGAUGUACCAGGGUUUGCUCUGGUAUAAAACCAACUAUCGGUCAGCACAAACAAGAAGACGGAACAAGAUCAAGACUCGACUCCUUCCACUGCAUCUCAAAAACAUGGAAAACAGCAGUUUUGGGCUUAAAAAUGUGACUGGAAACUCAACAGACAAGAAUACUGUGGAGGAUGAGGGAUUUAAGAUUUUUCUUGCCUGCAUUUUAUCUGUAACCUUUGUAGUGGGUCUCAUUGGAAAUGGUCUAGUCAUAUUUCUGACCGGCUGCAGAAUGAAAAUGACUGUCAACUCCACUUGGUUUUUGAAUUUGGCGAUUGCAGACUUCAUCUUCAUUUUAAUUUCAAUCACAAAUUUUUCCUUAAAGUGGAGCAAGCAGCACAGUGACUUCACAGAGUACUUUUUUAUCAUCACAACAUCUCUAAAUCUGUUUAUUAGUGUUUGGUCUCUUGUAGUUAUCAGUCUGGAUCGAUGUCUGUGCACAUGGAUGCCUGUUUGGGCUCAAAAUAACAGAACUCUGCGUAAAGCCAGAAUCAUCUGCAUCAUCAUCUGGGUUUCAUCCAUCGGCUACAUUUUACCGUACUUCAAAGUUUUUAACAUUACAGAUACAAUUAUUGUCACAUAUGAAUUUAUAGUGGUCUUUUUCAUCACCUUCCUGAUCAUUACAUCUUCAUACAUCGCUAUUGGAGUAAAAAUCAAUCGCCUCAAAAUGGGGAAGCAGCUCAGGUCAUACAGACUCAUUAUAACUGUAAUCCUGACCUUCUUCAUCUGUUCAUUUCCACACCAUGUUUGCUGGAUUUUGAGAAUAAGGGCAAACAAUAAUAAUUGGACUCUCACUAAACAAUUUUGGAUGCUAUUUGAUUUUACUUUCUACCUGAUUAAUCUUAACAGCAGUUUGAAUCCAUUUCUCUAUGUGUUCAUGAGUAAGGAUUAUAAGAAGAAGCUGAAACAGUCUCUGGUGCUGGUGCUAGAGACGGCAUUUACUGAAGGUCAUUUGGACGUUAAAGAAAUGAGACAGACACACCACACUUGAAUUGCUAGAAAUGUAGAAAACUAUCUGGGGGGGUCUGUCUUCAUUGAGGUUUGUGUCCUUCAUCUAACUUUAUUCAAUUAAAAGCACUGAUUUUCUGUC